AUGGCAGGCAUUAUGAACGGCUGGCAUUACCCACUCCUCAAUCAGAAGCAUCACUGGACCAUCGGUCUCUGCUGUAUUGCAGGCAUUGGCAACGUGUGUCAAUGCCCUAAUCUGACGCCAGUCGAGGAUAGGAAACCCAACAGCGAAACGCUGGAUCGCAUACUCAAGGCUGAUGGUACCACCGGCGUCACGCGAGAGGAAUUACGCCCGUUCGCCGAAAAGUGCCUGUGUAGUGAACACCGACUCGUGUUCGGACAACACGAGAUGCAGGAUAUAGUCGAGCAAUGGGCCGCAGGGCUUUACAAGUCGGGCGUUACUGUUGAUGGUAUGGCGAACACGAUCUGGCCGCGGACUGUGCAGGAGAUGGGGGAAGCAGAUCAGACGUUGACUGAUCUGGACGAAGGAUACAAGGAACUGUCUGAAGAGAAUGCCCAACAGCGCGCAGUUAUGGUCGAACUCGUGGAUGCAAUCGAUAUGCUCAAGGAAAAGAUCUCUAGUCCGCCAGGCAGUGGCACAGGAAGUGAGGGGCCGAGAAGCGGAGCGGAUCAGACGACGCAUCAACGAGGUCGUUCGACAGAGCUGCAGUGGCGAACCAGCGCAGUGCGGGAUCUGUAA